GCUCACGGCCGCCCCGCCCCGCAUGCACUACUCGGGGCCCGGCCCCAGGACCCUGGGCCGGCAGGGGCUGCGCGUGGCCCGGCCUCCUGCUAGCUUCCCGAAGUCGCCGGCCCCGGCCUCACAGGCGCCAGGUGCGCCCAAGCAACAGGGCCCAGAGGUCGCGAGGAGGGAGCCCGGCUGCGCUCGGCGCGCCACCGCCUGCGAGGCCCGGCGCAGUCCCGGGCUCCGCGCAGCGCGCGCCUGUGGCUGCGGCUCCGGCCCUGGCCGCGGCCGCCGGGAGGGUGCAGAAAAAGAGGCGGGGGCCGCGGAGACGCGAGGCACUGGUGGACUCCGCCCCCGCCGCGGGUUCGAGUCUCCCCGGCUCCCCGCCGAUUCCCCCAGACUUCCCGCCUCGGCUUCCCCUUCCGUCCACGCCUCCGGAGCGGCAGCGCUUCCCGGAAAGUUGUGGGGCUUCGAACCUAAAGUUUCGGGGGAUCUAGGCUGAGCGUGGCCGCCGCUCCGCCUCCCUCCGCCGCCAUUUACAGCGCCCGGCCCGGCCCCGACGCGCCCGCACCAACAGUGACAGCGGCGGCCGCGCUCCAGACCCGGAUGUGAGGCCGG